GUCCUGAUGACGAGACACAGGAGGGAGAGGAGAAGGAUGGAUGGAGCAUGGCCGACAUUAAAGUUGUGGGAAAACGCAGGAGGGAGCUUGUCGGACCUGAGGCAAAGCGAUCUCGCGCUCAGUCUCCGUGUGUUGUAGCAGAUUUCAGACUGCCUCAGUUCAACCCUAACAGCCCCAUCGGUCAGGAGUUUGUGGUCCCUAAAUCAGGAUUUUUCUGUAACAUCUGCUCUGUUUUCUGCCUGAAUGAGAAGACCGCCAAGGAACUCCACUGCUGCAGCCAGAAACACUACGACAACCUGCAGAAGUAUUAUGAGGAACGUCGACAAAGAGCUACAAAGACUUUGUCUCACACGUCUCCAGGCUCCGUUUCUGACUGAUGGACCUGAUCUACUGGAGAACAAGCCAUUGUUAUUGAUCCUACUAGUUCAGAAACUAAACUAAUCGCCUUCUGGCACCUUUUGUUGUAAGUUAUAUAUGUCUUCUUUGAUGAAUUGUCUCCCAGCCUUUCAGUUAGUGCUUCUGUUUUGUUUGUACAGGCCGAUGGAGAGCACCGUUUUGAUCUUGUUACUAUUUUAUCUUUUAUGUGAAAAUAUUAUUGAGAAAUUGUCCCUAUUAAUUUAGUUAACAUCAGGAGGUACCUGACAGCUGUUAACAGUUUACUAAAUCUUGUUUUUUUUUUUUUUGCUCAUUUAGAUCUUUGGCUUCAGUUUCUUUAAGUGUCCAAAAUGUGUUUGCUGCUGUUCUGUUAAACAUGAAAUAAAACCUGUCACAUGUGUGUCAUACA